AUGGCCCAAAGAGAAGGUUGUCUGGUUUUUGCAGUUAACGGGGAGAGGUUUGAGCUCCCAAGUGUUGACCCUUCAACUACAUUGCUUGAGUUCUUGCGUACUCAGACUCGUUUCAAAAGUGUCAAGCUUGGUUGCGGUGAAGGUGGUUGUGGUGCCUGUGUUGUGCUACUGUCCAAGUAUGACCCUGUUGUUGACGAAGUGAAAGAUUUUAAUGUAAGUUCAUGUCUCACUCUACUUUGCAGUAUAAAUGGAUGUUCAAUUACAACAUCCGAAGGACUUGGAAAUAGCAAAGAUGGGUUCCAUCCUAUUCACCAAAGGUUUGCUGGUUUCCAUGCUUCUCAAUGUGGUUUUUGUACUCCUGGCAUGUGUGUUUCACUCUUUGCAGCUCUUGUCAAAGCUGAAAAGACCAAUCGACUGGAGCCACCUCCUGGGUUCUCCAAACUCACUGUUUCUGAAGUUGAAAAGUCUAUUGCAGGAAACCUCUGUAGAUGUACUGGGUAUCGAUCCAUUGCUGAUGCCUGUAAGAGUUUUGCAGCAGAUGUUGAUAUGGAGGAUUUGGGGUUCAACUCUUUUUGGAGAAAGGAAGACAGUAAGGAAGUAAAGAUAGAUAGUUUGCCUCCAUAUAAUCAUAAUGCUGAGAACUGUACAUUUCCCGAGUUCUUAAGAAACGAAAUCAGGUCUUCCAUGUUUUUGGAUUCAAAGAGAUAUGGUUGGUACAGUCCUGUUAGUGUUGAGGAGCUUCAAAACUUAUUGAAAGCUAAUGAUUUUAGUAAUGAAAAUGAGAUGAAAUUAGUUGUUGGUAACACUGGGAUGGGGUAUUACAAGGAGCUAAAACGCUCUGACAGAUACGUUGAUCUCAGAUAUGUUCCUGAGUUGUCAAUGAUUAAGGUGGAUCUGACAGGGGUUGAGAUUGGAGCAAUUCUAACAAUCUCUGAAGUUAUUGAAAUGUUGAGGAAGAAAGACAAAGGUGAAUUUCCAUCAAGAGGUGAGAUUGUGUUAAAUAAAAUUGCCAAUCAUAUGGAGAAAAUUGGUUCAGGUUUUCUCAGAAAUACAGCUAGUAUAGGAGGGAAUUUGGUGAUGGCACAAAGAAAAUGCUUUCCUUCAGAUAUUGCUACGAUACUUCUUGCUGUGGAUUCAGAGGUAGGUAUAAUGAAUGGUUCUAGAUCUGAAAUGAUUAAGUUGGAGGAUUUUCUGACUAGACCUCCACUGGAUCCAAAAAGUGUACUUUUAAGUGUUAAAAUCCCACAUCAGGAAGCAGUCAGACAAGUUUCUCCAGAAACAAACACAACGUUGCUGUUUGAAACCUAUCGAGCUGCACCCAGACCCCUAGGAAACACAUUGCCUUAUUUACAAGCUGCCUUCUUAGCUGAAGUUUCUUCUUGUAAAAUUUCUAAUGGAAUUAUGGUAGAUCACUGUUGUCUGGCUUUUGGUGCUUAUGGAACUAAACAUGCAAUUAGAGCAAGAAAGGUUGAGGAAUUUUUAACUGGAAAAACUCUGACUGCUGGUGUUUUGUAUGAAGCUAUUAAGUUAGUUAGAGCUACUGUGGUUCCUGAAGAAGGUACCAUGAGUCCUGCUUACAGGUCAAGCUUGGCUACUGGUUUUCUUUUCGAGUUCUUUAGCCCGUUAAUUGACAGUGAAUCUGAAAUUUCCAGUGGUUUCUUGGAAAGUCGUUUUUCGGCGGAUGCUUCUAUGUUAAAAAAGAACCAAAGAUGUAAGAUUCCAACUGUUGUCACAUCUGCUAAACAGGUGCUUGGAUUGAGUACAGAGUAUUAUCCAGUUGGUGAGCCAAUUACAAAAUCUGGAGCUCUCUUGCAAGCUUCAGGGGAGGCAGUCUAUGUAGACGACAUUCCAUCUCCUACAAAUUGCUUAUAUGGAGCAUUCAUUUAUAGUACAAAGCCUUUGGCCAGAGUGAAGGGAAUAAAAUUCAAGCCUAAACCACAUCCAGAUGGAGUUUCUGCACUGAUAUCUUUUAAAGAUAUCCCCAACAGUGGGGAGAAUGUGGGGUCCAAGACUAUGUUUGGUACCGAACCCCUGUUUGCUGAUGAUCUUACUCAAUGUGCUGGUCAGCCAAUUGCUUUUGUGGUUGCAGAUACACAGAAACAUGCAGAUUUGGCUGCAAACUUUGUGGUGGUUGAUUAUGAAAUGGAAGGCAUAGAGCCACCUAUUCUAUCUGUCGAAGAGGCUGUUAAGAAAUCCAGUUAUUUUGAGGUCCCUCCUUUCAUCUAUCCAAAACAGGUUGGUGACAUAUCAAAUGGAAUGGCCGCAGCUGAUCACAAGAUUCUUUCUGCUGAGAUCAAACUUGGUUCGCAAUACUAUUUCUACAUGGAGACUCAAACUGCCCUUGCUGUACCAGAUGAAGACAGCUGCAUGGUGGUUUACAGUUCAAUUCAGUGCCCUGAGUUUGCACACUCUGUCAUUGCAAAAUGUCUUGGUAUUCCUGAAAAUAAUGUUCGCGUAAUUACAAGAAGGGUUGGAGGUGGCUUUGGUGGAAAGGCCAUAAAAGCCAUGCCUGUCGCAACUGCAUGUGCACUUGCAGCACAGAAAUUACACCAACCUGUAAGGAUGUAUCUCAAUCGCCAGGUUGAUAUGAUAAUGGCAGGAGGAAGGCAUCCCAUGAAGAUAAUUUACAGUGUGGGAUUCAAGUCUAAUGGGAAGAUUACAGCUUUACAACUUGAUAUAUUGAUCAAUGCUGGCACGUCCCCAGAUAUAAGUCCAAUAAUGCCACGCAAUAUAGUGUGUGCACUUAAGAAGUAUGACUGGGGUGCUCUGUCUUUUGAUAUAAAGGUAUGCAAAACAAACACUCCAAGUAGGUCUGCUAUGCGGGCCCCUGGGGAGGUGCAGGGGUCAUUUAUUGCUGAAGCUGUAAUUGAACAUGUAGCAUCUACUCUUUCUAUGGAAGUGGAUUCUGUGAGGAAUGUAAAUCUUCACACAAAGUACAGCCUCGAUUUAUUUUAUGAGCACAGCGCUGGUGAACCUCUAGAGUAUACUAUACCUUUGAUAUGGGACAAGUUGGCUGUGUCUUCAAGCUUCAACCCAAGGACUGAGAUGAUAAAAGAAUUUAAUAGGUGUAAUAAAUGGAAGAAAAGAGGAAUUUCUAGGGUACCUAUAGUGCAUGAAGUGUCAUUGAGGCCAACUCCAGGAAAAGUAAGCAUUUUAAGUGAUGGGUCUGUUGCUGUUGAAGUUGGAGGAAUUGAACUGGGUCAAGGGCUUUGGACGAAGGUAAAACAGAUGGCUGCUUUUGCUCUUGGUUCGAUUCAAUGUGAUGGUAGUGGAGAUCUUUUGGAUAAAAUACGGGUGGUACAAUCUGAUACACUGAGCUUAAUUCAAGGGGGAUUUACUGCUGGGAGCACUACAUCUGAGUCAAGCUGCGAGGCAGUUAGACUGUGCUGUAAUAUCUUGGUUGAGAGGCUAGCUACUCUCAAGGAAAGAUUGCAGGAGAAAAUGGGCUCUAUUAAAUGGGAGACACUUAUACAACAGGCAUCCUUGCAAGCUGUGAACUUAUCAGCAAGUUCUUAUUUUGUCCCCAAUUUUGCUUCCAUGGAAUACCUUAACUAUGGCGCCGCUGUGAGUGAGGUGGAGGUAAAUCUUCUGACGGGAGAAACCACAAUUCUGAGAUCAGAUAUGAUCUAUGAUUGUGGUCAGAGUCUCAACCCUGCUGUAGAUUUAGGACAGAUAGAAGGUGCUUUUGUUCAAGGAAUUGGGUUUUUCAUGCUUGAAGAAUACUUGUCAAACUCUGAGGGAUUGGUGGUUUCGAAGGGUACAUGGACGUAUAAGAUUCCUUCAAUGGACAACAUACCCAAACAGUUCAAUGUUGAAAUACUGAACAGUGGGCAUCACAGAAAACGUGUUCUCUCUUCGAAAGCUUCUGGUGAGCCACCAUUACUGCUUGCGGUUUCAGUUCACUGUGCUACAAGGGCGGCAAUUAAAGAAUCAAGAAAACAGCUUCUUCAGUGGGGUGGCUUAGAUGGAUCAGCAUCAAUUUUCCAGUUGGAUGUUCCUGCUACCAUGCCUGUUGUGAAGGAGCUAUGUGGGCUGGAAGCUGUGGAGAGAAGGAUCGUGCUAGUUAAUCCCAUGUCAGUCAAAGAACCUAGCGGUGAGACAACCGCAGUCACUUGA